CAUCAAAAAACCGAAAUAAAUCCACAGUCUUUUUAAUAUUUUUCAACAUUUUUUUCUUCACCAAGUAGUCUUAUUGUGUAUGAUUACACAUAUAAUCGAAUCUUUGUUAACCUCCGAUUAAAAAUGUCGGCCCCUCAUCUCUCAUACGGCCCAAAAACGGCAGUCUUUACCAACGGUUACGGUUCAUCCACGACCACAUAUCCUUCACCAGAGGCUUCUUAUGAAGAAAUUAUUCAAAACCCUCAAUUUUUCUGGGAAAAACUUCAAUUAUUUCACUCUGUUUUCGGCACCAAGUUCAAGAUCCCUGUCAUUGGAGGGUCGUCUUUAGAUCUACACCGGCUAUUUAUAGAAGUCACGUCACGAGGCGGCAUUGAGAAGAUUGUGAGUGACCGAAGAUGGAAGGAAGUAAUGGCUGUUUUCAAAUUUGGCCCCACAAUCACAAACGCUUCGUUUGUCUUGCGCAAGUAUUAUCUUUCCUUGCUCUAUCAUUUCGAGCAGGUUUAUUAUUUUCACAAAAAGACCCCCACUAUCGGUCCACAUGAUGCAACAAACAAGGUCUCCCAUGGAUCAGCGUCCGGUUCUGUCAAGAAUCUGUUUUCUGCAAGGCAAAAGAUUGAGGUUGGUGGAGAAGUAACUGGAACAAUUGAUAACCGUUUCGAUCAAGGUUAUUUGGUUACGGUGGAUUUAGGGUCUGAAAAGCUGUCGGGAUUUUUGUAUCAUCUGCCAUCUGAUUCACCAGCACCGUCUCAUGGGACCCACAAUAUGUAUCAGCUUGCUAUAAGGGAACCUUCACCUGAACCAGACACAAGUGGGUAUGACGUGUUUUUCACCGAGCAUUACAUAAGGUUAAAACCCUUGUACCAUGGUCAGGAAAGUAUCAUACGCAAACGAAUUCAAGUUUUAUGGAGCACUUUGACAGAAGAGGAGAAACAGAUUUAUCAGCUGCAAGGGUUAAGAGGCAAGGAAAGAUAAAAGGCGUUCAAUUGUUUAAAAGACUCGUUUUUAAUCUAGUUAGUGCGUGUAGGUUGCUAGUGAUCGUUUUCUCUUCUAAUUUGUAGUACUUGUUGUUUGUUGUUGUACUUUGUCGUUGUUUCGACCCCCAUCCCGUUUGUUGUAGUUUAGGAUCAACGGAGAAAAAAAGUUUAUUUUUUUCUUAUCAUGGUGAACGGAAAUUGUCGAAAAUCAGCGGUUUUUGUUUCGAGUUUCUGAUGGCUUAGUGAUGAAUUCA